GACCAGGUUGAACAGGUGGACCCCCGGGGACGGACCCCCCUUCAUCUAGCUACAACAUUAGGGCACCUGGAAUGUGCCAGAGUUUUGCUCAAUCGUGGGGCUGAUGUCAGCAAAGAGAACCGCAGCGGAUGGACAGUGCUUCAGGAGGCAGUCAGCACACGUGACUUAGAACUGGUCCGCUUGAUUUUACGGCAUCGGGACUACCAAAGGGCCAUUAAACGUCUGGCAGGGAUACCCGUCUUACUGGAGAAACUGCGAAAGGCACAGGACUUUUAUGUGGAAAUGAAAUGGGAGUUUACCAGCUGGGUGCCCUUGGUCUCCAAGAUCUGCCCCAGUGACACAUACAAGGUUUGGAAGAGUGGGCAGAACCUUCGUGUAGACACUACAUUGCUCGGCUUUGAUCAUAUGACUUGGCAACGAGGGAACCGCAGUUUUAUCUUCAGGGGACAAGACACCAGCGCUGUGGUCAUGGAAAUCGACCAUGACAAAAGAGUUGUCUUCUCUGAAACUCUAACUAUAGGUUCCCAGGACCAUGAAGUUCUUCUGGCUGCUGUGCAGCCCACCGAGGAACAGGCCAUGGGCCGCCUGACAGCCCCAGUAGUCACUACUCAGCUGGACACCAAGAACAUUGCCUUUGAGAGGAACAAAUCAGGAAUCCUGGGGUGGAGAAGCGAGAAAACGGAGGUUAUUAAUGGCUAUGAAGCGAAGGUGUAUGGGGCUUCCAAUGUAGAAUUAAUCACUAGAACCCGCACAGAACAUUUAUCAGACCAGCACAAAGGAAAGAGCAAAGGUAGCAAAACACCUUUGCAAUCAUUCCUGGGGAUAGCUGAGCAGCACGUAGGACCAAACAAUGGGCAGACAUUAAUUACCCAGACUUUUAGUCAGACCAAUCCAACAGCCAUUACACCGGAUGAAUACUUUGAUCCUAACUUCGAGCUGGGACACCGGGAUAUGGGGCGACCCAUGGAGCUCACUACCAAAACUCAGAAGUUCAAAGCCAAACUAUGGUUGUGUGAGAACCACCCCCUCUCUCUGGCUGAACAGGUGGCACCUAUCAUUGACCUCAUGGCAAUAAGCAAUGCACUAUUUGCAAAACUCCGUGACUUUAUCACUCUCAGGCUACCCCCAGGAUUUCCUGUAAAAAUUGAAAUUCCCAUUUUCCAUAUCCUGAAUGCCCGCAUUACCUUUGGAAACCUGAAUGGAUGUGAUGAACCAGUGUCCUCCCUCCGUCAGAGCCCCAGCAGUGAAGCCCCCUCCCCAAGCAGCGACUCCUGCAGUGUUAGCAGCACCAGCUCUAUAAGUAUGAAGCCACAGCAGGGGGACGCGGGACAGAGGGACCCUAACACUUCUGGACGUGGCUGUGAGAUGGACCAGACCUUGUUUGAAGCCCCACGAGGGUACAGUGUGGUAGGGAGUUACCGGGAGAGCAUGCGUGAGGAGGAGGAUGACCUGCUUCAGUUUGCAAUCCAGCAAAGUUUGCUAGAAGCUGGUAGUGAAUUUGAUCAGGUAACAAUUUGGGAAGCUCUGACAAACAGCAAACCAGGAACACAUCCAAUUUCUAAUGAGCGGAAAGGAGAAAGAACCCCCCUGCACACCCAGCCCUGCAGCCCCCCACACUCCGUGUCCAGCAAUGCAUUCAGCACUUAUAAGGAGCAGCUACGAAUAGCCAUGGAACUCUCAGCCAAGGAGCUGGAGGAGGAGGAGAUGCUCAAGCAACAGGAGGAAGAAGAGCUAGAAAGGAUCCUACAGCUCUCCUUAACUGAGAAAUAGCAGGACCUCUACUUUAGCAGACAAGCACCCAGAAGGCCUAUCCACAUUGGCUAAGGGCUCACUUGGGAAGCCAUCGACACAUGGCUGAGGAAGACUCAUCAAGAAGGGAAAUGGGUGCAGAUGGAGCUUCCUGUUACACACAAUGCAUUGCAACAUGAGCCAGCAAUGGUGGUCAUACACCUCUGCAGACUUGUCUUGACAUACUUCCUGAUAGCCACAUUUUGGAAGUGUCAUAUCAACUAAAAGGAUUCAAUAUAAAUACAAUAACUGGGUACAAGCUCAGGUGUGGGCAGGCUCUCCCACCCAUAAAUUAGUGAAAUGGAUGGUAAUUUUAUCCUCUUUGUUGCUGGAAGCAGAUUUCUUACUCAUAUAUUUAUUAAUUGAAUGCACCAGCUGCAAACUGGUUAACAAUCACCAUACGGUACCUCCUUAUAUUUUUAGUGGCCAGAGAGGAACUUGCUGUAACAGUGAUCUCCGCAAGGAGUUGUAGUUGGAUGUAAAGAAAUCUGAAUUCUUUUGGGUUAUGUGCACAAUAUAUGUUGAUUCUUUCAUUAUCAGGGUCGGGUCUAUGUAAGUGUAAACAAAUUAUGAUAGAGUAUAUUCAAUGUGUCUGAGUCUUUUAAAGAGAAGCUAGAGAGCGAAAUGCUUAUUGUGUCCUCUUUAAUCCCCCACUAAGGAUACCACAUGUGGUUGGGUGAUGUAUAAGUACCACAAUUUCCACAAAUAAAUUGCAGAUUAGGGGUUCCUUUCAUAUGAAACUGAAAAUUCAAUGUUUGAUGUAAAAUAAAAGGAUAAUAAAGAAGCUGUGCC